AUGUCUGAUAUCAAUGUGGUAAUCGACUCCUUCGUCGAUAGAUUGAAGAGAAAACAAGUGGUAGAAUCCUAUCAAGCAGGAUUAGAAACAUUACAAAUCUUGAUGAGAUAUGUUUCAGCUAUCAGAUGGACUUCGACUGAAGAUUUGAUAUUACAGAUUAAGAAAUUUGGAUACAGCUUAGAAAAAGCUCAGCCGUACGAAUAUACAUGUGGAAAUGUUGUAAGACGUGUAUUAUCUAUGAUCAGAGACGAGACAGAAGAAGAACAGACUAGUGCUGAACCGAUGAUAUCUUCAAUGUUCAAUUUAUUACAGAAGCCUAUGACUGAUACGAAGACAAAAAAGGUACAGGAUAACAAACUAGACGUAAGGCAAACCAUUGUUCAGUCAAUUCGUGAUCUUAUAGAUGAAAUUAAAAAUAUCGAUGAAGGUAUUCAACAAAUAGCUAUUGAAUUGAUUCAUGAUCGUGAAAUCCUACUUACCCCUACUCCAGACUCUAAAACCGUUCUUCGUUUCCUUCUGAAGGCUAGAGAAGGUAAUAAUAGAAAUUUUACUGUUUUAGUGACUGAAGGAUUCCCUAACAACGCAACCGUGGCUCAUGAAUUCGCUAAAAAAUUAAGUGAACAUGACAUUGAGACUAUUGUAAUCCCUGAUUCAGCUGUAUUUGCAUUGAUGUCGAGAGUGGGGAAGGUCAUUAUAGGAGCUAAAACCGUUUUCACUAACGGUGGAACGAUAUCUUCGACUGCUGGUGUCUCCUCUGUAUGUGAGUGCGCAAGAGAGUUCAGAACACCUGUAUUUGCCGUUGCUGGUCUUUAUAAACUUUCUCCAUUAUACCCAUUCGAUGUUGAGAAGAUGGUAGAAAUUGGAGGAUCUCAGAACGUAUUGCCUACAACUGAGAAUGAUAGAGUAGGUACCGUUGCUUUAGAAACGAUAAAUCCAAUUGCUGACUAUAUUCCCCCGGAAAACAUCGAUAUUUAUAUCACCAAUAUUGGCGGCUUUGCCCCAAGUUUCAUAUAUCGUGUGGUAUGGGACAACUACAAACAAGAGGAUGUAAACCUCGGGGAAAAAAUAUAA